AUGAGUGAUGGUAACUGCUCGGGGAGGAAGAAGCGGCGACGGCGAAGGGAAGAGGACGGGUUUGAGGAUGUGGUCAAGUACUGGGCGUCGGCGAGGGUGAUGAACAACGGCAAGCUUGCUCUCAGCUACCUUGAUGAGCAGGUGCUCUCUUGGUCUGUCAGGGACAUCUUCAACAAGGACCUCUUGCGGAACAAGGCAGUAGAAGCUGAUAGGUCGUCAUGCUUCCAAGUAUCUCAUUUUUCCAAUCGUAUAUUGGUUGAUGGUCUUGGCCUCGAGAAAUUCAACCUAAAUAAUUCACAGCUGAAUGCAGUAGCAGACUGUGUCGCUACAAUGGAUAACAACUCUUCGUCCAUAAAGCUAUUAUGGGGGCCUCCUGGAACAGAGAUUGUGGCUCGAAUUGCCAAGCUCAUUGUGGAAUCUUCAGAUGGGUCCGUCUUCUUGAAUGACAUUGUUCUGUUUGGAAACAAAAAGAAUUUGAAGAUAGAUGAUGUUUGUAGCUCAUUCAGGUUGUACGAUGUACCUAUGAUUCCUUUGGAGUUGCUGAUCAUUGACGAGGCUGCACAACUCAAAGAGUGUGAAACCUUAGUUCCUUUGCAGCUGCCUGGCAUAAGGCAUGUUGUUUUCAUUGGUGACGAAUAUCAAUUACCUGCCCUUGUGAAGAGCAAAAUAUCUGAUAGUGCUAAUUUUGGACGAAGUGUUUUUGAGAGGUUAAGUUCUCUAGGCUAUAGUAAGCACCUUCUCAAUAUUCAAUACAGGAUGCAUCCAGAAAUAAGCAAGUUUCCAGUUGGUACAUUCUAUGGUGGCAAGAUAUAUAAUGGCCCCAAUGUCAGUCAUAAGGACUGUAACAAGAAUUAUUUAGCAGGAAAAUUGUUUAGGUCAUAUUCAUUUAUAAAUAUUGAUGGCAGCCAUGAAACAGUUGAAAAGCAUAGCCGGAGCCUGAAAAACUUGAUAGAAGUUGAUGCGAUUGUGCUGUUGGUGCAGAGAUUAUUCAAAGAGACGGUUUAUACAGGAAGCAAGCUCUCUGUUGGUGUUGUGUCCCCGUACAAUGCUCAAGUUAGAGCUAUCGAGGAAAAAGUUGAGAAAACCUACAAUAGUUGUGGUGGUUUCUCAGUCAAAGUAAAAUCAGUGGAUGGUUUUCAAGGGGCGGAGGAAGAUAUCAUUAUCAUAUCAACAGUCAGGAGCAACAGAGCUGGUUCAGUUGGGUUUCUGGCAAACUUACAGAGGACAAAUGUGGCUCUAACAAGGGCCAUGCAUUGCUUAUGGAUAGUGGGGAAUGGAACCACUUUGUCCAACAGCAAUUCUAUUUGGCAGAAGAUUGUUGAGGACACAUGGGAUCGGGGUUGUUUUUUCAAUGUCAAAGAUGACAAAGAAUUGUUGAAUGCAAUUUUCAAACCUGAAUACUCUACAGCAGCAUACUCCUUACAUGAUCUUUUUGAUACCUCUAUUGUUCAAAAUGAGAUCUUCGAGGGAGAGAUGCCGGCUACUUCAAAGGAGAUAACAGAAGAGCUGGUUAGGGUGGAAUCUUUGCCAACCAACAUUAUCAACCCCUUCUGGCCUUCUCCCUCUGGUCAUGCUUAA